UGUUUGUUGUUGUUUUGGUUCUGCUGCUUUAAAUCAGCUGGUCGGUUGUGUCGCGGGAUGAUGACGUAGAGCUAGCUUACCCUGGUUACAGCUGUCAGUUUGUUUUGUUGUCUACAUCAAAUAUUACAGAUUAACUCCAGAAAGCGAUCUUCAGCAGGGAUGCACGUGUCGGUGCGUGAGGUCGUCGUCUCCUCGGAGCCCGACUCCUCCUACUUCCUGCGGGUGGACUGGAGGGGGCGGGGCUUAGCUUCAGGCUUCCAGCUGCUGCUGACUGACGGACAGGACGCCUGGAGAGGAGACGUGAGCGAGGCCGCCGUGAGCGAUGAGGCGGCGGAGCUGGAGAUGCAGACGGAGCGCUACGUCCAGGACCUCCAGCAGGCGCUGACCGAGACCGACGCCGACGGCGCCAUCACGUACGGCUUCGCCCUGACACCGACGCCGCCCGACCGCGGCUCCACUGUCACUCUGGCGUACGAGAAGGUCCAGAAGGAUAUCUCUUUCCGGUUGGGUUCUGUUUUGCUGAAGGCCGUCCCGGAGCCGGCGGAGGCCGUGAGGGAGUUACUGAUCCACAGCCUGCAGAGAGGGAACACUCUGGAGAACCAGAACCAGAACCUGGAGGAGGAGAACCGACGACUGAGACGAGAACAGCAACGCAUCACUACAGAACUGAAGCGUUACUCUGGAGGUAAAGAAGCUCUGGAGGCGGAGCUCUACUCUCGCUUUGUCUUGGUCCUGAAUGAGAAGAAAGCAAAGAUCCGCAGUCUACAGGAAGCUGUCACACACCUGCAGGAAACCAGUUCUGAGGAACAGAAGAAGAAGAAGAAGAAGGAGGAUUCAGUAAAAUCGAACCGGACAGCAGAUCAGGAGGAGGAUGACUAUGGAGGAAGUACUGAUGAAGAGCCAGAGGAAGUGCAGUCGGCUGCAGCCUCCUCUUCAUCCACCCGAGGACGCUCUACUGCGAGCCCAUUGGACGACAGCCUGAAGGACAUCACGGACGUGGCCCCGUCUCGCAAGCGGCGCUUUCGUCACCUCGGGGCCCCGGAGCCUCAGAGCUUGCAGAGAAAGAGGACCGACCCCCCUGCAGGAUCCAGUAAGCAGCAGCCGCCCCCCCAGCGCUCUAAAGAUGCUGCCACAGCAGCUUCAGCAGCGGAGGACCUGUUUGAUGACUUCUGACCCGUCACUGGUUCCACUGGUUCCACUGGUUCCACUGGUUCCACUGGUCUGUACAGAGAGAGAACACUGGUUUAUGUUGUUGUCAUAUUUUUAUACUGGAUUCAUGUAUUAAGGGUCUCGGAGAACAGAAACAAUAAAAGGAACUGUUCCUGUAACAACAUACAGAUGGGUGACAAAUGAAGGGAAAGUGUCUCAGUGAGGUGUUAUUCCACCACGAGCCUCUAGAACGGUUCCAUGUCGAAGGUUCUCCAAGUGGAACUCUACCGGAGGAGAAUCAUUCCACCAAAAAUAUAUUCACUCAUUUGGUGUUUUUGGUGCUGGUGGUGCUCAACCACCUAACCACCUAUAGGACACCUAGAACAUCCCAAAUGAUUGCAAGAACCGCCUAAAGGAACCUCAGUACCUCCUGAAAGACUAUUUGAAUCACCUAAAGGAGCCCUAUAACGUCCUAACAGGUCGCUAGAACCACCUACAGAACCCAAACCAAUACUAAGACCACCUAAAAGAACCCUCCAAUAACCUAUAAUCAAAGUAGAUUUUAAAAAAACUGGAAGAACUUUUAACUUUUAUAUUGAGCUUCAUGAACUGGAAAUGAAUUAUGAUUUCUACAAUUUUUGUGCCAAUAAACAGUGUGAACGUGUUAAAAUUA